AUUACGAAAGCUAUAAUAACUGCAAGUGAAAAGAGAUGGUUUCAGGCGUCAUGCUUUGCCUAUGUUUGGGUUGAGGAGUAGGUGGGAGGAAAGGCUGUAGGCGCGCGCGCGCUUCCUCUAUCGCGAGGAGAAGAGAGAGAGAGAGAGAGAGAGAGAGAUCAGCAGCAGAGCAGCGUCUCAAAACUCAGGACCAGCAGUAUGAAAACACUCUGUUAUAACAUUUCGCUUUUUCCCUCCAAACAUUCAUUUAACCGUUAGAUUAAUCUUAAUGAUUUCCCGUCGAAACGCCCCUGAAGCAAAAGUUUGCCAAGCGGAAGUUCGCGCGGUAGGAAAUCGGAAAAAAGUCUAAAGACUGAGAAAUAUAUUUAUCCUUUAUCUUGUUGUGCCGCGGUAGAGUAUUUUAAAAAUGGACACUCACGUUAAGGAGGGACAGCUGUACGUCCAGCAUCAGAAGUUUGGAAAGAAAUGGAAGAAGAACUGGUUCGUACUGUACCCAGCCAGUCAAAACGGCAUCGCACGGCUUGAGUUUUAUGAUUGCUCGGGCAGCGCCAGUGAUAAACCUAGCACUAAGAAAAUGGACAAGAAGAUAAUCCGUCUGUCAGAAUGCAUCAGCAUACUCCCUGCUGUCACUGAAACCUGCCCCAAAGAAAACAUGGCUGCCUUCUGUGUGGAGACCAAUGACAAGACGUACGUCUUUGCAGCUGAGAAAUAUAUUACCAAUGAGUGGGUGGAGAAGAUGUGCGAGAUUGCUUUUCAGGGAGGAAGUGGUUCUCUUGGUAGUUUUGACUCAAAUGGACAGCAAGAGCUUCAAAUGGCAGAGAAUCUCAUUUAUUACUCCAGAGAGGAAGUUAAUGAAUUUUGGGUGAGUGUCCAGAGGACAGAAGCAUCAGAGCGCUGUGGUCUCUCUGGUAAUUACUGGCUCAGGGCUAAUGUGGACAACCUUAUUCUGAAGGACCCCAAGACUAAAAAGGAGUUACUCAUAUGGCCCUACAAACUUCUCCGUCGCUAUGGAAGAGAUAGGGUUAUGUUCUCUUUUGAAGCCGGGCGACGCUGUGAAUCUGGGCCAGGGAACUUCACCUUUGAGACAAAGCAGGGGAAUGAGAUAUUUCACAUUGUUGAGGAAUCCAUUCGGGAGCAGAAAGCCCAAGCUGAAGAACGACAUCAAAGCUUUCCAUCAUUAGACUCUGACUGCCCAGCUCUCCAGCAGAUCCGUGCUGCCAUCUCAGAAGCAAAUAGUCGUGAACCAGAUGGAGAUUCUGGUGGUAGCAAGCCUGGGUCUGCGGAUGGUGUCUUUGGUAGAAAGGAGGAUGGGAAAAACUUAAAGGGCCGAAGCCUUCCAGAGCCGCCACCUCCAGUUGGUGGGACCCCGCCACGAUCUCCCAUGCCUCGUGGGUCCAAAAAUCUGUUAGAGGACCAAGGGAGUCUCUACUCGGAGCCUGCUGACUCUGUACGUGCGCCGCCCUCUCUAGGAGACUGUUUGUACUCGGACCCGGUGGACAGUAUCAAAGUCAUACCUACUCCUAUCCCACGCCUCAGGCCGACAGGCGAAGAGGGGGGUAGCCGCCAGGGCACAGGAAUCAAGCCUGAGCCGUUCUACUCAGACAUCUAUGAUCAGAUCAGUCUGGAGGUGCAGAGGACAAUGUCAUUGGGAUUCGAUGGGCGAAGCAGGCACCCUGCAGAUGGAGGUCCAACAGAGCACAUUUAUGAUGAGCCAGAGGGACGUGCCGGAUCUGCACUGCCUAUCAUCACGCUUUAUGAUGAAGCACGGUUUGAAAUGCAACCCUGGAAAACCAGGGGAAUGGAGGAGCCUCAAGGUCACGAGGUGGCUCAACAACCUGUGCCAAUGCCCAGACCAAAAGGCCCCAAACCCAUCACAGCACCCAAACCAAGCAAAGUAGCACUGCCCAAGAAAGACCCUCUUCUGCUGCCUCAAAAUAAAGCCAGUGCUAACCUGAACAACAAUAACAGUAGCAACAGCCAUGACAACAGCAUGGAAGUUGGUAGAAGAGGUGCUGGUGCUGGAAACAUCAUGGAGAUUUACAGCAAAGUAUCUAGACAUCAGCCGCCUCCAAAUGCGUGGCAUCCUACCACGCAGUCUCCAGACAUCAUCUACGACAACUUAGGAGACAUUUGACUUAAACUUUGUCGACAUUUAGGCAGUCACGGAUAAAGGAAAUCCGUCCACGUUAAGAAGGGAGUGCUCAGUGUCAGGGCUCAGACUGAAACCUUAGUCAUGUAGUCACUGACUGACAAACUGUCUGAGAACUAAGACUAUACAAAACUUUUGUGUGGAUAAUGCCCUCUGAAAGGGCUUGUAUUGGCAUAUGCCAGAGUUUUGCACUUCUUGGGCAAAGUAGUCAUGUUUUGUAAAUCUGAGUCUGUGACUUAUGUAUCGGAAGAGAUUAUGAAGCAUUUGUCAUAACACUUGGUGUUGUUGUCUAAACAUUAUCUGACAAAUCCAAUUUAAUUGUUGAAGUGCAGAGACUUCACUGGCAGGUCAGUUAUUGCACGUACAAACCUUGCAUUGUUUUGCAUGGAGAUUGUAGCAAAAGGAUACUAAUCCACUGCCGUGUGUGCUUGUGUGUGUGUGUUUUAUAUGUAUGAGUGUAUGCGGAUGAGUCAGCAGCUGUGCUGUUGUUCAACAUGAUCAUGAUGAUGAUAAUAAAAAUUAUAAUACAAGAGAA